AUGAGACCAGCUACAAGAUUAUUACAACGUGUCCCCCUUAUUAAAUUCGUUGGUGGUCCACACCAAGCUCCAAAAAAUGUCUCACAUGCUGCUAAACCACAUCCAUUUGCCCCAGAUGGAGUAUUGCCAGGAAGUGCCGGUUCGUCAUCGCAAUCAUCGUACUUCAACAGUAACUCUAUAGAACCAAAGGAGGGCGAAGCUUUCUCCAGAGCCGCAUUGUCCCCAAGAUUCAGAUAUAAAGGUCCUAGUGAAGCCGAAAUUGAAAAUAUUUGUAGUGGUGGUGCUACGCUCAUUUUUUAA